GAAACUUCAGGGACCAGAGACGUGACAACAAACUGCACACUUAAAUUUGCAACUUUGCAUAAGACACGAGUGACUGGUGUGAGAAAGGCGAAAUUAGAGGCGGAAAGGGUUUUCAGUUGCUGGACUGAGCCACCAGGGGGCAAUGUCUGCAAACAGCAACAGUGCCAGUGGCAACAGCUGGACUCUUCUUACCCCUGAGCGGACUGGAGUUGAGAAUGUGGGUCCAGCGGCUGAACGUAAUAAGACUGAGGGGGAUUCAGACGGUUUAUCAGCACAUAAAGCAUCAACAGAGGUCCAUACUGACCUGGUGAAGAACUCAACUGAAGCAUCAGCACCAGGGCAGUGUGACCCGGAUCCUGGCCAGGAAUCAGAGGACUCAAAGGAAGUUCAUUCCACAGAGCCACCUCAGGUAAAGCAUCCAGAGACUAGUGAGGGUCGAGCCCAACUAAAUACAUUAGAAGUUAAGGAAGACGGCACCUCAGUUGAAGACCUCAGCUCCUGGACCCCUGACCAUGAUGAACAAGAUGCCCUUACAGGUCAUUCAGAGAGCCUAGAUGCUCCCGGCACUGAUGCUGAUUCAUUCUCUGAUUCGUACACACACAUUAGCUCUACCUCUGGAUCAAGCGCACGUCCUGCUUCAGUUUGUCAGGGAGGAGAGGAAUCUCAUCUGAAGAAGACCAGAACAGAAGAUUCCAAGCCAGAUGUAGAACUGCCAGAAAAAAAAGAAAAGGAAGGAGAUGGUUUACGGAAAAGAAAGAUUACCCACCUGGGCUCUUUGGACCAGGGCAAGACUGAGGCGGAGGAUGAUGAGGAAGGAGAGGAGGAGGGAUUUCAACUCCCUCAAAGAGAGGAUGAAAAGGUCUUUUCUUUGAACAAGUGCAUCCUCGCGGCACUCAUUCUGUUAGGUCUAGGAACCAUUUUCUUCUCUGGUGUGCUCAUGGACCCGGAUGACGAAGGCGACGUUGAUGUUAGAGAGCUAAAAGAUAAAGCAAAUAAGGAGUGGCUGAAUUCUGAAGUAUCCAGAGACACGCCUGUGGGUCCUGAGCCUCCAGAUAUUUUAAGCAAACAGGCGAAGGAUUCAGAUGAGCAAACAUUUACACUGCAUGCACAGCUUCAGCAACAUCAAGGUGAAUUGAAAGGAGUACAGCAUCUGGUAGAGGAGGGAGAGAAAGAAUGUGCAAAGAGAGAAGAGCUGGAGAAAGACUACCAGAGGAUACAAGAAGAGCUUGACAGACUGCCUGCUCUUCAGAAGGAGCUGGAGCAAGAGAACGAGAGAAUGAAAGAAGAAAAUGAGAGAGCAAAAAAAGAGCUGGAGGCUCUACCAUCACUGCACAGAGAACUAGAGCAUCUGAGAGCUCAAGUUUCACAGCUCACACAGAGCACAGAAAGAGUAGAACAUGCACAUCCUCUUACUGCCUCUGGGAUGCCCUCUAGUGGAAACAUCAGGAAUGUACCGCCCAUCGAACCACAGGAUAUAAAGCACACGAAGCACCGGGACAAAAAGAGCACGGAGAGAGAACCAAGCACGGAGGAAAAAGAAUGGAAAAAGAAGAAAAUUGGGAAGAAAGACGGUAAGGAAAGGAGAGAGAAGGUGACUGAGGAAGAACGUGUUAAAGAACAGAAAGAUUGGAAAAAAGAUAAAAGCAAGGCGGAGGAAGGAAAAGCGGGGAAAAACAAAGACUUUAGAGAUGAGAAUGAGUGGAAAAGUGAUAAAAAACGAGGGGAUGGUAAAAUAGAAAGAGGAAACGAGGGAAAGAAAGCUUUUAAGGAUUGGGAUGAGAAGAAAGAAUGGAAAGAAGAGAAAAAAUUGAAGAAAGACCAGCAGGAGGGACAGGAUGAACAUAGGAAAGACCGAAAAGACUGGAAGGAUACAGGAAAAAAGAAGGUGAAAGAGGACAAAGGGAAGGAAUGGAAACAGAGAGGGGAGAGGAAAGAUUGGAAAGAGGAAAAGGAAUGGAAUACUGAUAAACUGAGUGACCGGAAAGAGAAAAAGAAAGAGUGUAAGGAGAAAGAUAAAUGGAAAGGAGAAAAGGAGUGGAAGAAAGGAAAAAGCCAGGACAAGUUUAAUGAUAAAACAGAGAAAAAAUGGAAAGGAGGAGAAAAGGAAUUUCACAACAGGUUUGCUGAAAAGGAAAUGGAGAAAAAUCUUUGGAGAGGGAAAGAGAGGGAGAGGUCAACAGAUGAAGAUUGGAAAAGAGAUAAGUUAAAGGAUGAUAAACAGAGAAAGGCAUACCACGGUAAACAUGAAGAGACAAAAAGUCCGAAUGAGAAGGAGAAACGAUACAAAGAUGAGAAGGAACGGAGCAACAACGAGAGAUACAGGCGUGAAAAUUCCGACCAAACGUCUUCCCAUCGCUCUAAUGACCACCAGAAGCAACACCACCAGAUAAAUCCUGAGAACUACUGGCCCAGACAGAGACAGAAGAUACAACACAACCACAGACACAAGGAGACGUGCAGCGGUGUUACAGAAUGUGCUGGUGUCGAGGGGCUUUCUCCUGUCAGCCUGCAGGACUUUGAGAUCCUGCUCCAGAGCUACCUGAAGAAGAUCCAGUUUCCUGAAGACCGAACCUCUGAGAAGGAAGAGUUUAGCAAGCUGGUGAGAGAGUUCUUCACAGAUGGGUUGUUUGUGCAUGACCGGAUGCCGUUCAGCGAGUUUGUGGAAGAUUUGGCGGACAUUUUGGAGGAUAUGGCAGAUGGAGAAGAGAGCGAUGUGGAGGAGAGUGAGGAAGAUGAUGAUGAUGAUGACGAGGAGAUGGAGGCUUUGGAAAGGGAGGCGAUGGAGAUGUUUGCUCUUCCAGCGGAGAGCAGAAAAUUGAGAGGUGGAAAAAAAUUCAUGAGCACGAAUGAAGGGAUGGAAGAAGUUUAGAAACGGCAGGAGAUUGUGGAACAUGAGGAAACUAUCAAGAUUAUUUGUUUAUAUUUCAAGUGCAAGUGCGGCUGGAAAACCAGUCCCUAUAAUAUAAAAGCCGUUUUGCUCACUGUUUUCUGUUUGUCCUUUUUUGGGAAUGUUACACAACCUGUCCAUUACAUUACACCAUUACAUAAAGACUGCUUUUAAGGAUUAAGAGUCAACUAUUUUGUCAUCCGAGGAGGCAUCACUAUAGGUUUUUAGAUCUCAUUUUCUUGUGUGGUAUAGCAAUUUUGUUAUUAGUCCUGGCACAUUUCGCUCACAGAUAUAAAAUGUCUUUGACUGUGUAUAAUUAUCAGAAGAAUGUACUGUAGUUCUUUGAGUUUGAGAGUUACAAACUAGUACAGUCAAGUCCAGUUUUUAUUUCUACCUUUACAGUAGUUCAUACGUGUUCAUUUGGAAGAUCACACUUCACUAAUACAUUGCGUACAAAUACUGAAUAGAAUUCUUUAGAGAAUAUGUUUGAGUUUAUUUCAUGUUCAGUAGUUUUGUUAUGCUCAUCAUAUGUUCAUUCUUAAAUUACUGUUAUAUUUAGGGUUAAGACUUCUGACCCAGUGUUCGAUUUGAUUGAUUUUUUGUUAUUAUUUAAACCGUUCUAUGGAGGAUAUGUUUAGUAAAUAAUUUUAACUGGGGAGAAAUGUUGCUUAAACAAACAACAACAAUGAAAUAAAUCCUUCAAUGAAAAUGUUCAUAUUUCCUUUAUAUGCAAGUCAGAAAGGGAGUGAAGGUUCGGCUUUUUAAGUGUCAUUAAAAGUCGCUUUAGCACUUGUCAGUGUGUAAGCUGUCAGGCAAAGCCUCUUGUACCUCUGCAGUCUUGCUUUCACAAAUGCACCGCUGUAAACAAUUUAGUGUUAGAAUCAAUCUAUAAGUACUUGAGGCAAGAGGUUUGUAACAUACUACUAAGUUCUGAUGUAAUGUAAUUGUUCGUUUUCAAUGCAACCCUGACAAAUAUUGUUUGUUUUUUAUUGGUUAGCUGGUUACUGUAGCUAACAAUUGUUUGUUGUCAUAGUUCAAAUGUAUUUGCUGAAAAACCUUCACAGAAUAAACAAAUGCAUACAGUUA